AUGCGCUUCAUCACAAUCGGAGCGGGUGCUGCUCUUGCAACCCUUACUCAAGCAUUUCUACUUCCUCCAACUAUCUCGAAAGUUGAUAGCGAUAUCGUAAAUGCCUUAUCUUUCGACGCUGCCAUCGAGGCAGACGGUAGAAUGCUGGCUGUCGACUGUCCUGGCUGUCCAGUUUUUGCUCGCGAUCAUCAAGGAGGUCGACACGAUUUGAAGGCGGUGAAUAGACUCAUGUUUAAUUUCUCCGUCUCACACGAUAACGGACUCGAUCGCGUACUUUUGAAUGGACUUCAAUUUUAUCCCAUCGAUAUGGAAUCCAGUCUCGAACGUCUUACAGCUCCACAAAUGAUCAAGACAACAGAAUCCAAAUGGGUCCAAGCCGCAGAACCCGAUCUUGGUUAUGCUUUACGCAUACAUAAGCCGAUAUCAUAUUCAAAGCAAGAUCAAAUUGACUUGAUCAUCGCAACCCUAGAGAUUAUCGAAGUGAGAAACACAUUUGUGGAUACGGUUGAUAGCAUCGACCUCAAGAUUCUUACAACAUCAAGCGGAAAAUUGAUGAUUGGUGAUGCGCAAGUUACACCACGACCACCAAAGAGCCAUUUAUCUAAUCCAGCUGAUGAUGGACAAGAAUGCACAACGUUGCUUUGCAAAUGGAGAGCCAUUAUUACUGAUAAACUUUCGGCUCUCAAGAAAGGCUGUGGUGGCAAAGCUCAACCGGAUGCUCAUCACAAUAGACCUCAGGGUAAUGGACGUCCAGGUCCUCACAGUCAUCAUGGCGGCCAUGGUGAUCAUGGUAGACCUCAUCGAUUUUCUCACAAACACCACAGUAUCACCAGGUUCUUGCGGGGUGUUGUCUUACAUGUCAUUAUUCCAGUCAUCGUCGGAAUUGUCGCCGGAAUCACUGCCAGUCUUGUUGGUAUGAUGGUCGGACAUGUUGUUAUCUUCGUGUGGCGUUCAUUGUUCCGCAGAGGAUCUCAAGGCUCAUACACCAAGGUUCAACAAGAAGAUGUUGUUGUCGAGGAAGGUAUCGAAGAAGACAAAAGCCUUAUCCAACAUCAAGGACCACCUCCGGUUUACGAAGAUAUUGUCAGGGAAGUCAAGGCAUAA